AUGGAGGAAGAUAAAGUUGCAAGCGUAAGUACUGAAGUUUCCGAGACAGAGAAAAAGUUCGUUGAGAAAAUGCACGAGUUGAAAAGAAAGCUGAUCAUUGAUGAGAUUUUUGUUCGUACUCUUCGAUCGCCUUCUAAAAUAAAAUUAGGCCCGUGUUUUAAGAAUGUGAUCGCUCCAGAGCUGUCUCCUCAUUACCCAUUGGCUGAAGGAGAAAAGCUAGUUCUACACUCCGCGGAACCUGAUUGGUUGAAAGAUAAGACUCUGAAAUCAUGGCCUAAUUUAAGUGGAAUGUGGAUUGAUUGGGUAGAUAGAGUCGAGAAGGCGAAAUGGGAGGUCUGGAAAUCAGCUGAUAUAUAUGACGCCAUUCAGUUGUCGAAACAUGAUCUCCCAAUGGACAAAAAUCUUCUUUAUGCUGCCUUGUGCUAUUGGUCGAUCUCCACAAACUCGUUUCACUUCAGGUUUGGUAUGAUGGGGCCAACAGUACUAGAUAUUGUUGCCUUGACAGGACUUAGGCCGCAUGGUGAGGACAUUAGCGUCCCACUCGGGAUGGCUAAAUCGGCUCGUGAUUUUCCUGAGUAUGGAAAAAUUAAAGAAUGCUUGACUUACUGCAAGUUUCUUGACGUGUCAAUGGGAGCUAUGGCUGUGACCGAGGAAGAACAUAUAUCCUUUCUGGUUAUGUGGCUCUGCAGAUAUCUCUUUUGUAAUUCUUCGAUUACCAUGAUCGAGCAAUGUACAAAACUUGCUCUUGUUCUUUCUAAGGGUAGAAAGCUUGCUUUGGCGCCUUUUGUCUUGUCGAAUUUAUAUCAUGCUUGCACAAACAUUGUUACGGGUGGAUUUGAUGAUGCAUGGGGUCCAUUCUGGAUCUUGCAACUCUGGCUACAGGCUUACUUUCCGGAACAUCAACCUUUGACCUCGGAUGACGGUAAUCCUCCCACCUAUGGGCACACCUUGGCUGACGGUGUUUUGAGACCUAAAACGUUCAACCAAUACUUUCUCUUCUUCAAUAAAUGCUCAUUUCGAACAGCCAGCCAAUUCACGCCUUUUUCGUCCAGGAAAUUUGGACCUGAAUGGUUUAAGAGGUCACUUGAUCCUUACUUUCAAAAACUUAAUAGAACAGAGUUAAAAGACAUUUGGGCUAGUUAUGUUAUUGCUCGAGACCUCCCUUACAGUAUCCUUGUGGACGAAUCUUCUAAGUGCAAAUGCGGGGUCGAACAUUAUUCUCCGAAUCAGUUCGCUCGGCAAUUUGGCAUGACACAGGCUAUCCCCUUCCACCAAUCAGCAAAUGAUUCAUUCAGAAGAGAAAAUUUCCGGGAUUGCAUUGAAGAAACUGAAUCAAGGUUCUCCCAAUUAAAAAGGAAGUUCUCAUUUGUUCCAUUUAGUGUUAAUCCGAGCUCUACUGAGUUCUUCGAUUCCUGGUGGUCAACUUAUAUGAACAAUCGGGAUAAAACUACUACUGCUACUGAUGUCCUCAGGAAGUUCUCACUGUAUGUUACGCCUCACGGUCCAUCUGAAAGGCAAGAAGUUGCUGUUCACAGGUCCAAUGGUAUUAAAGGCAAUUCUCAGUCCACGGGAAAAUUCGGCCGGAAUAUGAAGAGGAAAUAUAAAGGGUAUAGUAUUCCAUCACGAUCGUUUGUACAGCAAGAUGACGAGCCCAGACAACAAAGGAACUCGUAUGAGGUGACUGAAAAGAUAUCUAAAAAAAGAACAAUAUGCAAGAAAGUUUCUGAUGAUGAUGAUACAUCAACCUCCACCUCAUCGGCGAUGAAAAUGCCGCUACCGAGGACAACUUCUACCAUACCUUUUGCAUCAGCCUUCCCGACAAGUCAUGCUCCUGCUGAUGAAGAUGAGAGUAAGGCCGACGAGCAAGAUUCUGCUGCUGCUGAUACAUCAACCUCCGCCUCAUCCUUCACUUCUGAAAAAGAAGGCGAAAAAUAUACAGUUUCCCCAUCAUUAGCUGAGACCGGAAGCAAGACAUCUGAUGUAUGUGAACCACCUGACUGUCCUGUGAAAUUUGACAAUCUAGAAGACUUCUUUGCUCGAGUUAGCGGACAGAUUAAACGAGCUCAAUCUCUCGGAUUUUCUGCUGAUCAAUCUUCAUCCAUAGACGAAAAGACAUCCGCCACGCGAAAGUGUACACCAUCAGCAGAAAUGCUUGCCACAGCGAAAGACGACAUUGAGAGAUUACUAAUCAUGCCUUCUCAAGACUUGCUUCAACCCGAAAACUGUUCAAAGUUAAAUGCAGCACUGUCAAUAUACACUGCAUCACCAGAUUUAUCGGUUGAGAGAGCACUCGCGUUUGAGAAACUCAAAGAGAACCUUCCACACCUUUCCUCAACAUAUCAUAGAGCUAAGAAGGAGAAAGAGGAUUAUUACAAGAAGGCUGCCAAGAAAGUGAUCCUCAUCGACGAGCUCACAAAAGGUCAGGAACACUAUGCCAACCUUAAAGACUACAGCGACAAACUUGAAUGUACAACGUAUUCCAUCAGAAACCAAAUCCGCAAGUUGAAAACAAGCUUGAAGGAUGCAAAGACGAAACGAAAAGCCAUCCAGGAACAAAAAUUGAGUUUGGCUAAGAAGUGUUUUGAAAAGUCUAAUGCACUUGAUGAAAUGGAAGCUGAGUCUCCUGAGAUGAAGGAGGUAGCCGAUUUGGACAUUGCCAGAGUGGAAGAAAUCUUGACAGAGUUGAAGAGUAAGAUAGUCGAAUCGCGUGUGUAAAUCGCUCUUUGUGUGAUUUUGCUAGCUAGUGAUCCAGAGUAUAAGAGCAUGUAAAUGUAAUUUUUGUGAUAUGUGUAAUCUCACUUUUGAAUGGCAUCCUAAA